GUGAAAAAGCAGCAUGACACACGCAGUCUGAUCUCCUUGCUGAGCUGAUAACUCUAAAUGAACUUCUCCUCUGCGGCAGAGGGGAAAGCAAAAUUUUAGCCAUGGACAAGGCUGAUUUCACAUUUGAUUAUACACCAAUGGACUAUGAAAACUACAGGAAUGAUAACCAGAUGCCACUGGACUUGUCACAUCAUGUAGAGGAUGUUUGCUCUGAGGAGAUUAUGUGCAUGUUGCUGCUGGUUGUGAAUGUGGUUAUCAUUGUGCUUGGGCUUGUGGGAAACGGUGUGGUGAUCUGGAUCGCAGGUUUUAAGAUGAAGAAGACUGUUAACACCACCUGGUACCUCAGCCUGGCUCUUUCUGACUUCAUAUUUUGUGCCACUUUGCCCCUCAAUACCUUUUACCUAGUCACAUCUGAUUGGAUAUUCGGGCAAUUCAUGUGCAAGUUUACCUCCUUCGUUAUGUUCCUCAACAUGUUCAGCAGCAUCUUUCUUCUCGUCAUCAUCAGUGUGGAUCGCUGCAUAGCUGUCAUCUUCCCUGUUUGGGCACAAAACCAGCGCACCAUAAAGAAAGCUUCUGUGAUAGUUUUUCUUGCAUGGGUUUUUUCAGUCUCCUUGAGUGUCCCAUCCCUCAUUUUUCGUGACAUUCAACACCAUCUAGGCAGAACCCGCUGCCACAAUAAUUACAAUAGCCAUGACACUCAUAAUUCUAUAUCCAUCUGUCGGUUCAUUUUUGGGUUCCUGAUGCCAUUCUUGAUCAUCAUUGUCUGCUACUUAAUCAUCAUCUUCAAACUGAGAAGAAACCAGAUGGCAAAGUCUUUAAAGCCGUUCAAAAUCAUGACAGCUCUCAUCUGGACGUUUUUUUUGUGUUGGCUGCCCUACCACACAUUUGUGCUGGCUGAACUGACCCACGGCUUCUCCAAUGAAAUCAUUGCCUCAGGGCUCAAGAUUGGAACCUCAAUCGCUUCAGCUAAUAGCUUCCUCAAUCCAAUUCUCUAUGUUUUUAUGGGCAGUGAUUUCAGGCAAAAGUUUAAGAACUCUAUCCUGUCUAAGAUUGAAAAUGCAAUAGGAGAGGAAGGACACGCCACGAGUCGCUACUUAUCCCAACCCAGUUCUAUGGAUGCCAGAUCAUCGACACACAUCUGACUUGACAUGAAAAUAUAAAACAGAAUUCCAGCUUCUGAUUAAUUUGUACAUAGUGUAUUUUGAUUCUGGUGGGAAAUAUACAGUUUAAGGGUAAUUAUUUGGUUUUUAAGUAAUUAAAAAAAAAAUUUGAAUAUUGCAGCACUUAAAUACAUGGUGAACCUAGGAUGUUUUAAUAUUAAUUGUCAGGGUUAACCCCUAGAGGGCGCCUUGCGCCCUAAGACUUUUGUGUUUUUGUUUAUUGGACUUUAUUUCCCAGGAUGCACCUCUGUUCACACUGUUCUGAAGCACUCCAUCACACAGUUUUGAUAUAAAUAGCCUGCCUAAGUUAAGUUUGUUUGUCUCGCAACGGUUUGUUUUCUCCUAGGCCUAUACUGUUGAGUUUAAGCUUAUCUGUUUUGUUAAACUGUUCUGUAAGAAUUCUUGCUUGCCACUGUUCCUGGGUUUGUUUAUGUUUUAGAGAUGUGCUUGUUUGUUUUGUUUGUAUUAUAUUAAAAACACCUCAAAUCUUAACCUCUGUCCUUAUGCCUCGUGCCCAACCCCACCACAACCGUGACAAUAAUGGAUUUAAUGUUUUAGCUGAUCCAUACAGAAAACCAGGUGUUGAUUUUUUUUUAUAUAGAGGUUUUUAAAAAAAUAAAAUGUUUCAAAAAACAUGUCUGAAGAUGACACAAAUAACUUUUACCCUAAAUGGUAAGUCUGUGUAGCUGUAUGACAUUGCACAAGUAUUGUGCUAUGAAGAACUGGAAGUCAGUAGAAAUAUCUGACAGUGAAAGUAUGUACAUUUUGACUGUUGAAGAAAAUGGACAUUACUUUUUCUGGUUCAGAUUUUUUAAUCUUCUUUCAAUAGAUUUUUGUAACAUUUCAGAGUAAAAAAAACUGGGUAAACUGUAUGCAAAAUACUUUAUUAUUAAUGUUGAAGCACCUUUUUUUUUGUUCCAGCAUGUAUUUAAAAAAAUUAUUAUUUUGAUUAUACAGAUUAUUUUGAGUAUGUGUAAAUAUGUGAGUAUGUAAUUCUGCUCCCUGUUCAUCUAUUUAAUUUGUAUUCCAUCUUCUUUUUAUUAAUUGUAAAAUGGAUACUGUAUUAUC